UAACUGCAGAUACCACAUCCAAAUAUAACGUUCGUCCUGCGAAAAGAACUAAACAAAAACUUUUUCUUUUUCGCUACGUUGCCGUCUCCAUUUGUUCAUAACUCUGGAAGAAGUUAAUUUUAUUUGAGUGAACUGCUAUCCAGACGUUCAUUCGCUAAGCGGUGCGCCCACAAAUUAUCGUGAAACAGUUUUUAUGAAGUAAACUAUGCAUUCACAUUAAAGUUUUUUCGCCAUGUGUUGGUAUUUACUGGUGUUAUUACUUUGUGUUCAAAAAUGUACUCCGCAAUUUGUAUACACGGAAAUGACCGAAAUUUCGUAUCAAAUAGUGGGUAUAUUUGAGAAGGACGCCACGAUUCAGAUGGCGGCUUUCAACGACAGUUUAAACCAUGUCCAUGUCCAAGAGGUGACGAUCAGACCGGCCACCCUGCAGCCAAGGAGAACUGACAGCUAUUCCGUCUGGAGAGAAUUAUGUUCAAACAAUGCGAUACAAGCGGUGGCAGUAUUUGGUCCACAAAAUCCAAUAACAGACGGUGCUAUUCGAGACCAGUGCGCUAUUGCGAACAUACCGCACAUUCAAGCCACGUGGCAGUCGAUGGAUCCCGACUUGGAGCUAAAUGAGGAAACAACUGCACAAGAGGAGGGCGAAGACGAGGAAUCAGAGAUACCAUUCAAAAAGAUUUCCAUAAACUUUUAUCCUGAUUCCGAGGAAAUCGCAUUAGCUUAUGGAAAGCUUCUGCAGUAUUACAAAUGGGGAGGUUUUGCUGCUCUUUAUGAAGAUAACUUUGGGUUGCUGAGAGUACAAAAAAUUCUCGCUGAAGUAUCGUUGCAGUCACAAAUCUUUAUGUAUAAACUGGAUCCGAAGGGCGAUAAUCGAAGAAUUUUCAAGGCGUUAAGAAAAUUUCAAGUAAGCCGCUUCCUACUCGAUUGUCAUUCAGAUCGUAUUUUGCGUUACCUGGGUGAAGCUGACAAUGCGAAGUUAGUCAGCGAAUAUCAGCACUUUGUCCUAGUUUCCAUGGACACGUCGACGGUAGCUGAGAGUCUGAUAAAAAUGCCAUCGAACAUAACGUGGUUGAGCAUCACUCAAUAUGACAAGCUGAAGGAUGGGGGACAUUACCUGGCGACCAGAGUGGGCAACUGGCGGUCUAAUGAGGAGUCGCCGUCCGUGGUGCAGUUCAAACUCGAUUCAUUAAUAAUGGACGAUGUUGCGAGUCACCUAGUAAAGGCGCUGGAUGUGAAAGACAUAGCUCAGCCCCCUGUCUUCAGCUGUACCGGCGAUGAGGAACCGUGGGCUCAUGGUGCUGCGUAUCAGCAGAAAAUAUUGAAGACUCAAUCCUACGGCGUCACGGGUAAUGUAGAAUUUGACCAAAGAGGUCGGAGAAUAAACUACGUUCUGUAUAUAAAUGAAAUACACAUUAGAGACAGACAGACCAUAGGUAGGUGGGAGUCGGCCACAGGCAUGAUCAAUGAAACCAAACGUCUGGACAGUAGUGCUGCGAACCAACAGUCUAGUAAGGAAUUUGUUGUAAUAUCCCGUCGAGCAAAACCUUAUUUCUCAUUCAAAGAAAAAUGUGAAAAAACAGAAUGUAAAGAUGACGACAGAUUCGAGGGUUUCUCCGUCGACCUAGUCGAUAACAUAUUCCGAAUAUUGAGGGAAGAAAAGUAUAACUAUACUUACAGAUUUAUUCAUGAUUACGACAUGGAAUAUGGUAAAGUAGAUCCAACUACACACACAUGGACUGGGCUUGUAGGAUACCUAUUGGAUAAAAAAGCUGAUUUGGCAGUAUGUGACUUAACCAUAACAGAAGAAAGGAAAAAAGUAGUUGACUUUUCAGUACCUUUCAUGUCUCUUGGAAUUAGUAUCCUAUACACACAGGAUCGUAAAGUCCAGCCAGGAAUGUUUUCUUUCCUAAAUCCAUACACUUUUGAGGUCUGGAUGCACACGGCCACCGCUUAUUGUGUUGUUUCUAUCGUCCUUUUCAUUUGUGCCAGAAUAUCGCCAGCUGAUUGGGAAAACCCAGAACCCUGUGAAAAGGACCCAGAGGAGCUAGAAAAUAUAUGGACGUUUAAGAAUUGCGCCUGGCUUACUAUGGGCUCCAUCAUGACGCAAGGAUGCGACAUCUUGCCCAAAGCAAUCGGCACCCGCUGGGUCUGUGGUAUGUGGUGGUUCUUCGCAGUGAUCGUAUGUCAGACAUACAUCGCCCAGCUGUCGGCUUCUAUGACGUCAGCGUUAGAAAACGAACCGAUCAACAGCGUCGAUGAUUUGGCAAAACAAACUAAGAUUCGUUACGGAGCCAUUGUUGGAGGAUCUACACUUGAAUUUUUUAAGGCUUCUAAGGACAAAACAUACCGACACAUGUACGAGACUAUGAAUGCCAAUCCAGCUGUCUUAGUAACCAGUAAUGACGAAGGAGAAGAAAGAGUUCUGAAGAGUAAAAACACGUACGCCUUCUUUAUGGAGUCCAGUACCAUAGAGUACAAAUUAAAAAGGAACUGCAAAUUGAAGAAAGUUGGUGGCGAAUUGGAUAGCAAAGAUUAUGGAAUAGCAAUGCCUGCUAAUUCACCAUUCAGAACUGAUAUAAACAGAGCCAUUUUAAGACUAAAAGAAUUGACUACGUUAGACAAAAUUAAAAAUAAAUGGUGGCACGAAAAAUACGGAGCGCAGAAAUGUGAACCAACGGUUGACGAAAACGACAUUGAAGGUGAUUUAGAAAUGGAGAAUCUGAUGGGAGCAUUCGUGGUUCUAGUGGUGGGGCUAGUCUUCUGCCUCUUUAUAACAGCCAUCGAGUUCAUGAACGAGGUCCGCAACAUUGUCGUGCGGGAACAGGUCACUCACAAGGAAGUCUUUAUAAAGGAAUUGAAGGCAUCCCUGAACUUCUUCCAACUGCAGAAGCCAGUUCUUCGCAAUCCCAGUAGGGCUCCGUCAAUCGCGUCUUCAGGCAGUGACGAGCGACGAGAAAAUCAAGCUAAAGCCAUCGAAAACUUUAUGAAUUUAGAGAAAGCUGUUUGAUCAACAAUAACCAAUGUCGCAUUUAGUGUUCUUAUAAAUUGGUGUAGCUAUUUACUAAUAAUGAAUAGAAAAACUAAUUUAAUAAAUCACAACAUUUUAAUAGAAAA